ACUCGUGUCACGGGAUUUAGUAUUCGCUCUUAAAAUAAUUUUUGUCUGUACUUGGAUCAGUUUCUGUGCUUGUCAUCUGAAAUAUACAAAGGCAAUCCAGUGGAGAAAACUACAAUUGACUUGAACGUUCUAGAAAAUGAGCAAGUUCAAGUGUAAGUGUCUAAAUGUCACUAUUCAUGUGAAAGAAAAAGCGACUCGCGAAGCGGAAGGAACAGCGUUUGUCUCUGAGAAUUGCUCUGAACCUUUUUUCACCAAGGAGCUGUACGAAGUUGAACUGGCUGUCGGCGGAAUAACAAAGGAAGUUGGAAGUCUUGUGAGAGAAACCAAAGCUGAAGACUGGGAUGUUUUCUCGUGUAUAAACUGCAACAUGGAUACACAUGCUUUACACGCCGUGAAAAAGUACGACCGAGUAUUAAUGAGUAGAGGAAUGGAGAGUGAUCCAGUUGUUCACAGUAAAAGUGCUAGUUCCUCUGAAUAUUCUUCAAUCUUCAAACUUAUUCUAAAACCUGCAAAAGAAAAUGAUCCAGAUGUUGUGGAUAACUCAUUUGCAGGCAACGCUAUUUUGUUGGGUCAAGACAGGAUCUCUCUUGCCAUGGUCAGUGUACAGGAACAAGUCAAAAAAUUCCUACAAGCUGAAGAGGAUGCAAUGAAUGAAAGAAUAAGAAAAUUUGUUGCGGCGCAAAAGGAAGCAUUUACAACCCUUCAAGCACAGGUGUUCAAGGAUAAACAAGCUGUUUACUGUGCUAUCAAAAGAGAAGACGAAAAAGCCAUGGAAAGCUCUCUGGAUGAAGCCAUGGCAGAUAGUUCUUCUGACACCCCUGUAUUAUUUAAACCUGCUGUUUCAACUCGUGGGUGGAAUGACCACCCCCCUGCCCAAGUCAACCAAGUCCACAUAACUCAGGUGGCUCCUCAUAAAUAUCCAUUGAACCCAGGUGCUCAUCCUCCUCGCAAGACAACCAGACGUCCACACAAAUCACAUCAAAAGAAAGAAUCAGAUGCUGAUCCAGUGUUUUCUUUAGAUGAUUUUACAGAUGACUGUGAACCAUUCUUUGAGUCCGAAGAAGACGAGCUUAGUAGCAGUGAUAACAGCUUUAAAAGUGAAGAGCCUAUCCAUUACCCUGGAUUAAGGAGUGUCAAAAAAUCUACUCAAUAUUCCUCUUCCCUACCCAUAAGCAUGCCAGCAGGGAAAAUUUCUCCUCCUAUGGACGAUCAAGAGUUUGCUAUACCUGAACCAAGCAAGAUUGGAGAAUCCAUGAAAGCAUUAGCCCGCAGUGUUCACGACACAUCUGAGAAGCUGUUUGGAGAACUACCUAGACCAAGACGGAGCACUUUCUCUCACAGAUAGUAUAGGGACUAAAUAUUAUAUUAUUGUAUUCUGAGCAUAGUCAAAGGAAAGCGCCUCUGUACACUAUGCAACAAAC